UACUUGCCAAGAAGCUUCCAAUAGUCCAAACCCGCUCCACGUCUCAAUAUUUGACCAUAAACACAAACCCUGUUAUGACCUUCUAGAAACCACAAUAUCCUUUCCUCCUUAUAAAGUCACGAUCCACCAUUUCCACCACCGCUAAAACAACAACAACAACCGCUGCUAUCAUCCACACCACCUCAAAAAAGAUGCCACCUUUUGCUUCAACCAUGGCUACUCAGUCCCAGAAAAACCUUAAUUUCCCCAACACAUAUAGCCCACAAUCAGAAAUAAUUACUAUUGAUGUUGGUGGCCAAAUCUUCCAAACUACAAAGCAAACUCUAUCUUUAUCAGGUCCCAAAUCGCUCUUUUCUCAACUCACCGAAUCAACUCAACUGGGUCCUCGAUUCAUUGACAGAGACCCAGAAUUGUUCUCUGUUAUGCUUUCUUUGUUAAGAACCGGUAAUCUCCCUUCAAAGGCUAAAGGUUUUGAUAUUGAAGAUUUGAUUGCUGAGUCCAAAUUUUAUAACAUUGAGUCACUUUUAAUCAAUUCUUUAUCAAACCCAUCUCAAUUCGAUGCUUUUAACCUGGAAAAAUCUCUAACUUUACCAUUAAACGGCCGAGAUUUUGCUUCUACCAUUGCUACGACACCAUUUGGGACUCUCCACGUUGCUCAUGGCAGCAAGAUAACAUCUUUUGAUUGGUCUUUAAGGAGAAAGUCGACGAUUUUGACUCAAUUCACAGCAAUUGACUCUCUUUUAGCAAUUUCCCCAAAUUUAGCAGCUGCUGGAGCCACCGAUUUUUCCGGGAUGCAAAUUCUUGAUCUUGAAAAGGGUUUUGUUAGAGCAACUCUGUGUUGGGAAAACGUGACCCGGUCUAGCUCUACGGUUCAAGCAAUCGGGUCGAGUUCGGAGUACUUGUUUACAAGUUUUGAAUCUGGUAGAAGGAACUCAAAUUCAAUUAUGGUAUAUGAUUUGCAUACUCUGUCUCCAGUAACUGAGAUUGGACAUUGUGAGAUUUAUGGGGCUGAUCUUGACUCAGCAAUUCCUGCAACUAAAUUAAAGUGGGUAGAGAGUUAUAAUAUGGUAAUGGCAUCUGGAUCUCACAGUGGACCUUCUGGUAUGUUGGGAAAUGUUAGAUUAUGGGAUAUAAGGUCAGGAAAUGUUGUUUGGGAAUUAAAAGAGAGGCUUGAUUGUUUUUCUGAUAUUACUACUUCUGAUAGUUUAUCAGCUAUUUUUAAAGUUGGUGUAAAUUCAGGAGAGGUGUUCUAUACUGAUUUGAGGAAGUUAGGUGAUGGGGAGAGUAGCAAUCCUUGGACUUGCUUAGGUGAUAAUAGGAAGGUUUUGAAUGUGAAGAAAGAAGGACUUGGAUGCAAGAUUGAGUCUCAUGGAAAUCAGGUGUUCUGUAGUAAAGUUGGAGAUGUUGAGGUUUGGUCUGAGGUGGCGAUGAAUUCUUCGAAGAAAGGGGAAGAUGAAUUGCCUAAUAGAGUGUUUAGGAGGAAUUUGAUGGGGAGAGUGAAGGAUACGGGAGGUUCAAGGAUAACCAAGUUGGCUUUUGGAGGAAACAAAAUGUUCAUGACGCGGAAGGAUCAUCAAUCUGUCGAGGUUUGGCAAAGUUCUGUAAGGGGUUUUUAGAUUUUGAAAAUUGUUUAGUUAGUGAUUGGUGGAAAGUUUUAGAAGAUGAAUAUUUGUUGAAAGCUAGGCUCCUGCUCUUGUGUUUUAGCUCGUAGUUUGAUUCUUACAAUUGUAAAUGCUUGUGUAUUUCUAUCUAAAUUAUAAUAUUAUUAUUAGUUUUCUUCA